UCUCGAAGACAUCUGCUUGAUGACAACUGGAAUGUCUUCAGUUCGUACGCUAAACGUGUUCGAGUCGAUGCAUUGAGAAUUUGGAAUUUCUGCGGGUUGAGAUUUGAGAGGAUUUACGUGCAUGAAAAGUUGAAUGUCGAAAAUGUUCUGGCUCACAUUACUGAUAGUGGCUCCUUGCAUUGCAAUAAGUGAUGGUAGAACAUUGACUUGUACGUGCUGGGACGGAUACAGAGCUGAAUAUCACCAGAACGGUGCCCAAUGCGUUGCUACAGACCAGUUCCAUAUCAUGCCUUGCAAUAUGGCCGUCGCGCCAAAAUGUAAAUGUUCUGGACGUGUUAGCAGUAUUCUGAAAGAUCGAACAGGUACUUGGUGCACUAGGUACAGGAAAGGAGAAGAGCUGAAGCGGUGGCCUUGUGAAAAUGUGAAAGAAUGGGACGAAUUUUUCCGAAGACAUCCAGACUUUUUUUGAAACUGCUUAUACAUUCACCAAUUAUUAUUCGAUAUUUAUUUUUAAUGUAAAUUUGGUUAUUAUUAUUAU